AACAAUAAGCCCCUCUGCUUUCCAGAAGCCCAGGCUGCAAUAAAGAGCCAUGCGCCCAGGGACACGGGCUGUUUGACACCACAGGCCACCCAACAUAUUCUCAAGCCACUCAAUGAUGUCUAUGCAUGGUGACUAGCCUUCUUCUGACACGCACACGCUCCCGCAUUCUCUCGUCUCAUACCCACAUUCUCCAAGUACAAGGGCCAUGCCUCUGCCAAGACGUCGGUCCUCCUUCUUGGACCAGCACUCCGCUGCAGAGCGCCCCGGUAGCGCCAGCACCAGGGCUGGCACCGCGGGCAUCACCACAGCCCCCCGGGGCGUCUUUGUGGGGACAGCCCCCACGGGCGGCACCUGCAACCUGGGCACGCGAGUGUCGCGGCGUGCCCUGGGCAUCAGCAGUGUGUUCCUGCAGGGGCUGAGGAGCACGGCUGUGCCUGUUAUGCCCCAUGGGGCUGGGGCUGGUGGCAGGCAGCACCCCGGGGGUGCUGAGAGCCUUAACUGCUGCCUGAUGGAGUACAGGGACAAGGUGCACGCCCUGGAGCUGCUCAACCAGCAGCUGGAGGAGCAGAUCCGACACUGCCUGGAUCGUAAGGCGUCCAGUGCCGGAGCCUGGGGUCCCCUCAGACAGGACUGGGAGGACGUCUACAGGCAGGUUAGUGAGUCCAUCCUUGACAAUGCCAGGCUAAUGCUGCAGACAGAGAAUGUGCAGGCCAAUGCUGAGGACUUCAAGGACCGGUAUGAGAAUGAGCAGCCCUUCAGGAAAGCGGUUGAGGAGGAGAUCAGCUCUCUGUACAAGGUGAUUGACGAUGCCAACCUGACCAAGUCAGACCUGGAGAGCCAGAUGGACAGCAUGAGGGCUGAGCUCCGAGACCUGGCCCGCAACCACGAGGAGGACGUGAGGGUGCUAUACAACCAGAUGGCAGGCCGUGAGGUGGACGAACCGGAUGCCCCCAUUGAGACCAAUCUGGACCAGAUACUGGCCUACAUCCGCUCCCACUGGGAAAGAGUCAUCGAGAAGAACCGUGCCGAGACCGAUGCCUACCUGGAAUACAAGGAGGAGAGUGUCGGCAGUAAGCUGAGUCAUGAGGAGGAGGAGCUGGAGUGUCUGAAGACGGAGUAUAACGAUGCUGGUUGUAAAAUCCAGAGUUUGCAGGCCGAAACCGAGUCCAUCAGAGCACUGAAGCGCGGCCUGGAGAACUCCCUGAACGACGCCAAGCAUUGGCAUGACAUCGAGUUGCAGAACCUGGGAUCCGUCAUUGGCAAGCUGGAGUCAGAGCUGGGCGACGUCCAUGGCGACAUUGAACAGCAACGCCGUGACUAUGAGACGUUGCUGGGCAACAAAAUGCGCCUGGAGCUGGAGAUCGGCACCUACCACGGCAUCUUGGAUGGGGAGGAGAGCCGCUACCACCCCUCGAUGUGCACAGGUGCAUCAGAGCCUGAAGGGAGACGAACUCCCCUUCCUCCCCAUUUGGAGCCCCACGGCGGCCCAGCACCUCAAGGUUUCAACACAUCUAGUUACUAGUGGAAAGACUGAGGACCAUUUGGGGACAAGGCCACUUCUUAAUUUUGGUGCUCAAGUUAUCAUCGACUGUCCUUGGGUUUGGAAUAACACCAAUGAACAUGAAGCUCUCACACCGUUGAUCUCCAAGGUAUCUGUGCAGUUUCCUUCAGAGACCAUGUUCUUACUAAAGAGUGUAAUAAAAUUGAAACCUCUGCAAGAAA